UUAUAAUUUUUCUUGGAUACUAUAAAAAACACAAAGAGAAUUAUGUUUUAUCUUCGUCUUCAAAAGAUUACUAGAAUUGUAUCAUUAUAAUUUUCCAAAUGCAAAUUCAAUUAAAAGUAUGUAUUGUAUAUAUGUACGCAACGAUCUCAAGCGACGAUAUCUUCAGUCUGUUCGUGCGCGUGUUUCGUUUAUAGAUUCGUCUUGUUCUAUGCAGGGAUAUUUUUCAUCGGUUUUAGAUAGGUUGGCCAGCAAAUAAUUAUCGUAAUCUCCAAGAAAACAAUCAAGGAGAAGAGGCCAUCGAUGCUUUCAUAAUAAUAUACUUUCUAACGAAUCCGAUUCUCGCAAUUAUUUCCAUUGCAAAUUUAAUGGUGCAGAUGACGUUUCGCGGUGAGAUCCCGGUUAAUCUUCAAGCAAAGCUGCAACGGCAAAGGUAAAUUUCUUGUUUCUCGACAGUACUGAGUUUUAAAUAUAUUUUGGCAUUUAGCCAAGUAUGUCUAGAAAUAAAAUUUGUUGCUAUAUCGAUUUACAGCAACGGACGGGGUAGUUCAUAAUUCUGGAAGCGAGAUUAUCGGCACCAUUACGACGUUCGAGGGUGAAAUUCCGUCGCAACACCGACGGAAGAUCGAUGCGGUCGGACCGGGUUCGCCACGAAGAAUGGCGAUUCCAGCCGGCAGAAACUUUGCCAGUUGCUAUAUGGAACUGUGUAAGCAACAACGAUUGCGACCGUUGCCGGUAAUAUGUGUGACUUUACCACAUAAUCUGGACUUUACUACCGAUCGUAUCAAAAUGGACGACUGGAGACCGAUUUUAAACUCACUUUCCCUUGAUCGCUCUCUCAAAUCGAUCAGCGUGCAUAGCAGGUAUCAAUGCCGCAAACCGUUAGAAGAGAUUAAUUCCGAGGACAAAGCGCGAGCAAUGGGUAAAGCUCCGGUGGUUCUCACACGUUAUUUGUUGGAGUGGCUGUCACAAAGUAUCGGCCAAUGUGUGAGGAAUUCACCCAAUCUCACGCAUUUAGAACUCGAAGGUAUCCCAUUUCCACCGGAUUGCAUCGCGGUGCUCUGCGUUGGCCUAUCGGGAACACAGACUUUACAUCAUUUAUCUCUUCGACGUUGUUACAUUGGCGAUAAUGGCUGCGAAUUGAUCUGCCGAACGAUAGCGGAUAUUCGCAGCGUGAGAUCAUUGAAUCUUAGUUACUGCGACCUCACACCGAGCAGCGGCAGCGCAUUAGCAUCCGCACUCUCAAGACAGAAAUUGGCAUUGUAUCACGAUACCUGGAAACAAUCGUUGAGGUAUCGCGAGCCUAACUUCGAAACGAUGCCUGGGCUACGUCGGCUGACUUUGAAUAAUAAUCCACAUCUGGGGAAUUGUGCCGUUAUAGAAAUGAUUGAGGCAAUACGCGAUAGUUUGUGGAUGAAAGCGCUGGAUCUUCAGCAUUGUGGCUUGACGGAUCAAAUCGGUGCGGAUUUAAUGAACUUACUUGACCAGAAUAACACGCUGACAGUAUUCGAUGUGAGGAAGAACGUGAACCUAAAUGACGAGCUCGCGAUGGAAGUGAUGAGAAGAUUAGUGAAGAAUGAUGUUGAGGGAAAAUCGGAAUAUAAGUGGAUGGAAUUAACACCAAAGGAUAAGAAAAUCGUAUCGACUGAUACUCGAAGAGGUAGGGAGAAUGAGGACACCGCGAAGCUUUUGAGAGCGCGAAAUGUCUUUACUAAAUACACAAAGCGACCUUGUCAGAUAAUUCCACCAAGAAGGACAGUUCCAAUAUCGCUUCUAUCAACAAAAAUGAAGAUUCGAUCUUUACAGCCAGACUUCCGCAAUAUAACUCAGCAACAUGAUUCAAUUCAUUCGCAGAUGAUCAACAAUGUACCAACGAUGCCCAAGGUUUCUCUUCAUUUAGAUCUUCAGUCUCGUAUCCAGCCCGUCGAUGUUGGACAGCAAUCGAAACACAAAGAUACCGUGCAAUGUGUCGACGAGACAAGUUUAAAGAGUUUCGAUUCUACUAAGGUAGAUGUUGGUAUGCAAAGUGUGGAUCAGCGUGAUUCAGAAGAAAUCCAAUGUAUUCUCAAGCAAUUGGCGGAAGCUCAAGCAGAACACGAUCGUCUUCUGAAGGAGACCAAACGAAUCGAUCUUUUGCUUGCUGAAGAACGAACACGCCGCGAAGCCGCCGAAAUGAACCUACAAUCGGCACAAGACAACUUGGUCAAACUGGAAUGUGCUCUGCAGAAAAAAGAAAACGAAACCAGAGGUUACCUACUAGUCAGUGAACAGUCCUUGAAUGAGAUAUGCUUAUCUUUUGAUCGGCUUCUAGAACUAUUAGAGAAUGUUACUGACAAAUAUCCAUACGAUGGGACAUUGGAAUCGCAACAAAUCGUAAGCGCAGACAUUAAGCGAUGCAUAACAUCCGUCAUUAGGCAGACCAAAUCAGAGAACCUCAAGCGAGGCUUCAAGGUGGGCAUCAAAUUGCCGCAAUAUAUCGUGGACGGCGCGCAAAAGUUUGUCAAAUCUGAGAGCGACGUAAGAUCGAUGAUGCCGAUCCCGGCAACAUAUCUCGAGAGGAAGAUUGGCGAGUGUCUGGAGAAUAAUGAACUGCACCAUACCCGGUAUCGCGACGUCAAUAAGCCGAUGUCGCCUGUUCAUCGAGCCCGAGCGAUCUUCGCAAGUAUCAUUAGCGGCGAGGCCAUUGACUUAUGCUAGCUGUGAUUGAGCGGCUGUAUUCGUCGAUCGUGCGAAGACAAUCGUAUAGUAAAGUCUCUAUUUAGAAGUUCCACACAUGAGGCGUAUAAUAUAUACAUAUUUUGUACACGUAUAUUAUACAUGAAUACACUGUGUGCAGAGAACACACACACGCAGAGAUGCUGCGUUUUUAACCCUUCUGUUACUUAAGAGAUACUCCAUUUUCGCUCAAUUUUUUUGCUAUUAGUUUCGAUAUGAAUAUCAUAAACUUCUAAGUGAAGUGUCGUAAAGUGCACGUAAGAGACUCUUCUUUAGGUAUUUAUUAAUAGACGUCUUUUCUUUGGAAUGCUAUUUGAGAAGGAAAUGAUUUUUGUUUCCAUUUCGACGUAUACAUAUUUCCGAGCUUGCAAAAU